AUGGCGGCGUAUGAAGGAAUGAAAGAACCGGUGGAGUCGUUUGUUGAUCUGAUGGCGGAUGAGGUUGGAACGGCAUUCAGUUUGGGCACGGUGGGCGGUUUCGCGUACCACUUCGGAAGGGUAAUAUCUUCGGGGCGGCGUAACUUCAAAUUGAGGAGGGCCUUCACGCCCUUCAGGUUGGCGUGCCACAGGGGACCCCAGGUCGGUGGGAUUGGCGCUGUGGCUGCCGCUGCAGCAAACGCCUACCAAAUUGCAGACAUCUCAAUUCGUCAGAAGAAUAAUCUUUACACCAUCUUCUUCAGUGCAGCCACUGGGGGUGCUGCUGUCGCGGCUAAACAUGGGAUUCGACGUGCUUCGCUCUCCGCCCUCUGUUUCGGAACUGGUUUUACCGCCGUCGUGCAUUGGUUUGAAUUCCUGCGCAAGGAGGAGGAUAAACUCAACUAUUUGGAUGCCAACAGCCUCUCUGCUCCUCGUCAUUAG